CUGGGUGUGUCUGGGGCGGCCUCAGAGCCGCAGCAGUUUUCAGUAGUGGAGGAGAUGGAGAGAGGCUCCUUUGUGGCCAAUGUGGCAAAGGCCCUGGGCCUGGAGGUGGGGGAGCUGUCAAACCGGGGGGCCAGAGUCAUUUUCAAAGGGAACAAAGAUUAUUUACAGCUGAACCAUAGAACUGGGGAUCUGCUCCUGAGAGAGAAACUGGAUCGGGAGGAGCUGUGCGGCCCUGCCGAACCCUGUGUGCUGCCUUUCCAGAUCUUACUGGAAAAGCCCUUUCAGAUUGUUAUGGCUGAGCUGAUAGUGGAAGACAUUAAUGACCAUUCACCAGCGUUCCUAAACACUGAGAUGGUACUGAAAGUCCCCGAGAACAAGUCCCCUGGAACUGUAUUUAUACUAGAAAAUGCGCAGGAUUUAGAUGUAGGAAACAACAGUCUCCAGAACUACACAAUCAGUCCCAACUCUCAUUUCCACAUUCAAAUUCGAGGGGACUCAGAAGGCAGGAAAUAUCCAGAGCUUGUACUGGAUAAAAUUUUGGAUCGGGAGGAGCAGUCUGAGAUCAUUUUAACCCUCACUGCGCUGGAUGGGGAAUCUCCACCCAGGUCUGGAACUGCCCAAGUCAGAGUGCUUGUAGUAGACAUCAAUGACAAUGCACCUGUAUUUGCUCAGCCGCGUUAUGAGGUUCAGAUCCCUGAGAAUAGCUCGAUUGGAUCCCGAGUUGUCACAGUCUCAGAGACAGAUUUAGACGCAGGAAAUAAUGCAGAUAUAUCCUACACAUUUUUGCAUGCCUCUGAAAUCAUUCGUAAAACGUUUCAGCUAUCAGAGAAAUCUGGGGAACUUUAUUUAAAGGAAAAAAUAGAUUUUGAGUUAAUUCAGUCUUACACCAUCAACAUUCAGGCUACAGAUGGUGGAAGCCUUUCUGGGAAAUGUACUAUUAUCAUUCAGGUGAUGGAUCUAAACGACAAUCCCCCUGAAUUGACCAUAUCUUCACUUACCAGUCCCAUCCCAGAGAAUUCUCUUGAAACUGCGGUAGCUGUCUUCAGAGUUUCAGAUCUGGACUCUGGGGAAAAUGGAAAGGUGGUUUGCUCCAUUCAGGAUGAUCUUCCUUUUGCCCUGAAACCUUCCGUUGAGAACUUCUAUACAUUGGUAACAGAGGGAGCACUGGACAGAGAGAGUAGGGCUGACUACAACAUCACUAUUACAGUCACAGAUUUGGGAUCCCCCAGGCUCAAAUCUGAGCACUAUAUCAAAGUGUUCAUUUCCGAUGUCAAUGACAGUCCCCCAGUGUUUACCCAGAGAGCCUACAAACUGUACCUCCAGGAGAACAACAGCCCUGCCCUCCACAUUGGCAGUGUCAGUGCCAGUGACAGAGACUCAGGAAUCAAUGCCAGAGUCACCUACUCCCUGCUGCCUCCAGAGAUUGGAGAACUGCCCCUCUUCUCCUACAUCUCCAUCAACUCAGACAACGGCCAUCUCUAUGCUCUGAGAUCCCUGGAUUAUGAAGCCAUCCAAGCUUUCCAAUUUAAUGUGAGGGCCACUGAUGGUGGUUCCCCAUCUCUGAGCAGCCAGGCUGUGGUUCAGGUUUUGGUAGAAGAUGAAAAUGACAACUCUCCCUUUGUGUUGUACCCUCCUCAGAAUGGCACAGCUCCCUGCAAUGACCUGGUGCCCAGAGCUGCAGAGUUAGGUUACCUGGUGACUAAGGUGGUAGCUGUGGAUAGGGACUGGGGACAGAAUUCCUGGCUUUCCUACCAGCUGCUCAAGGCCACAGACCCAGGACUCUUCACUUUGUGGGCCCACAAUGGGGAAGUUCGAACAGCAAGACCCAUCAGUGACAGAGAUGCCAUCAAGCAGAAGCUCUUGGUGCUGGUGAAGGACAAUGGACAGCCUCCUCUGUCCACAGCAGCCACACUGAAUGUGCUCCUGGUGGAUGGCUUUUCUGAGCCCUACAUUCAGCUCCCAGAUGCAACCAAGGAGGAGGUGCAGACUGAUUCUCUUACCACCUACCUAGUCAUUUCCCUGGCCUCUGUCUCUUGUCUUUUCCUGUUCUCUGUUAUUAUGUUCAUUGCCAUUCACCUGUGGAAGAGGAAGAGGGAUGCUAAUGAUGGUAGUCAAUUUGAUCCAAAUGGUCCUUUCCCAAGUUACUUGGUGGAUGUCAGUGGGACAGGGACCUUGUCCCAGAACUAG